UGAUAAUCGAUUCGGGUGGCCUUCGGUGAAUUGUUUUCGCGGGUACCUCAAGCGAAGGCUGAGCAGCGCGUGCACGCGGCCGCAGACACACGGUGACAUUGACACACCGGUGGUGUUUCGGCGCCGUGCACACGUUAAUGUGUGUACGGUAUCGUUCAGCUCCGGAGCGCUUCCCUCUGCAGUUCCCCCAGCGCCUGCUACCAUGAGCGAAUACUUCAGCCUGUCGGACAGUGAUGUUAUCGGCUUCGACCUGGACCACACGCUCUGCCGCUACCAUUUGAAGGAGACCUCCAGGCUGAUCUAUGAGAGCUUUGCCAGGUAUCUGGUGGAGCAUAAAGGCUAUGACAAGGACCUGCUAAACCUAACCCCUGCUACCUGGGAUUUCUGUUUUAAAGGACUAGUGGUGGAUCUGGAGGAUGGAAACCUUGUGAAACUGGCAGAGGAUGGAACUGUCUUGCGAGCAACACAUGGAACUAAUGACCUCAGCACAGAAGACAUCAUCAAACAUUAUGGUCCAAAACGGGAGUGGAAGCACUUCGACAGCCUCAAUACCUCCUUCACAAGAUCUACAAAAUACUAUUUCUAUGACAACUACUUUGAUCUACCCGGGGCUCUCCUCUGUGGAAGAGUUGUGGACAUGUUGAACAAGCGAGGAAAUGAGGUGAAUUCCGACUUUUGGAAAGACAUGGUUGCUGCCAUCGACCACAAUUACAACACAUCUGCAUUCAAAGAGGACGCAGGGACGUACUUCCCCAGCGUGAAGAGGGACCCGGGCCGGUACCUGCAGCCCUGCUCUGACUCUGUCAAGACCUGGCUGCGCAGCAUGAAGAACGCCGGGAAGGUCCUCCUCCUCAUCACCAGCUCCCACAGUGACUACUGCAGGCUUAUCUGUGAACACAUCCUGGGGAAGGAUUUCGAAGAGCUAUUUGACGUCAUCAUCACAAACGCCCUGAAGCCCGGUUUCUUCUCCUUGGUGCCCCAGCAGAGGCCCUUCAGGACGCUUGUGAACGACGUGGAGGAGAGUGAGGGGCUGCCGUCGCUGGACAAACCCGGCUGGUACUCCCAGGGUAACUGGCCGCACCUCCACGAGCUGGUCAAGACCAUGACGGGCAAGCCAGAGCCCAAGGUAGUGUAUUUUGGAGAUAGCAUGAGGUCGGACAUGUUCCCUGCCAGCAGCUUUGGGAAGUGGGAGACGGUGAUGAUCGUGGAGGAAAUGGAGGGGGAGGGCGUCCCGAAGAGUGACGCGGCGAUGUCCAACGAGGCCCAAGUGGAGCCGCUGGAGAAAAAGGGAAAGUUUGAGGAGCAGGGCAUGAAGUCGCCCUCCGAUGUGUCCCAGCAGUGGGGCUCUUACUUUGUCGACGUGCACAGAAGCGGAGGAGGGGACGAGGAAAGCCAGAAACUGACCUGGUGCUGCCACUCCAUUCACAAAUACAGCACCAUGGCCAUCCCUAGUGUCGAGCACAUAGCAGAUCUCCCUCUGGAUUACAAGUUCCCCAGGUUUUCUCCCGACAAGCCCUGCACCACCGGCUACUACCCAAGGCCCCCGGAUUCUUUGCUGAAGAGGUGUGAGAGUCUGUCGUAAAAAAAAAAAAAAAAAAAGGAAAAAAGAGGGAAAAAAAAGGGAAAAAGUAAAAAA